AUGGCGAAGGCAGACCAGCGUUUCGGCCAACGGGACGGCUCCGACCAGAACUUCGACUACAUGUUCAAGCUGCUGAUCAUCGGCAACAGCAGCGUGGGGAAAACGUCCUUCCUGUUCCGCUACGCCGACGACUCCUUCAGCAACUCUUUCGUCAGCACGGUGGGCAUCGACUUCAAGGUGAAGACGGUGUAUCGCAACGACAAGAGGAUCAAACUGCAGAUCUGGGACACGGCGGGACAGGAGCGUUACCGCACCAUCACCACGGCCUACUACCGUGGCGCCAUGGGCUUCAUCCUCAUGUACGACAUCACCAACGAGGAGUCCUUCAACGCCGUCCAGGACUGGGCCACUCAGAUUAAGACGUACUCGUGGGACAACGCCCAGGUGAUCAUGGUGGGCAACAAGUGCGACAUGGACGAGGAGAGAGUCGUACCUCCAGAGAAGGGAAAGCACCUCGCCGACCAGUUAGGCUUUGAGUACUACGAGGCGAGCGCCAAGGAGAACAUCAACGUGCGGCAGGUCUUCGAGCGCCUGGUGGACAUCAUCUGCGUGAAGAUGUCGGAGCGCGUGGACGUGGAGGCGCCGGCGGCUCCCGGCACCAAGACCACCAGACUGACCGACAAGCCCGCCCAGCUACCUCAGAAGUGCUGCUGA